CGCCUACCUGAUAGAUUUCUUUUGGCUCAAUAUGUUUCACACGUGUCUUUUUUUGCUCUUCUUGUCCAAUACAGUUCUCAGCCUUCAAAUCUGCUCUUUCAAUGUGAGGUCAUUUGGAGAAGCCAAAAGAACACAACCAGAUGUCCUGGACAUCAUAGUAAAGGUUAUUUCUCGCUGUGAUAUCAUAUUACUGAUGGAAAUUAAGGACAGCAGCAACAGAAUAUGCCCCUUCUUGUUAGAGAAACUGAAUAGCCAGAUACAAGAUGAGUAUAGUUAUGUGGUCAGUAAUAGACUGGGCAGAAAGACGUAUAAAGAGCAAUAUGCUUUUUUCUACAGGUCAAAGAUGGUAACAGUCAGGAGAACUUACCAGUAUCCUGAUCUGCAGCCUGGUGAUGAAGACGCCCUUUCCAGGGAACCUUUUGUUGUCUGGUUCUACUCUCCAAAAACAGUGGUCAGAGAAUUUGUGAUUAUCCCUCUGCACACAACACCAGAAACGUCUGUGCGGGAAAUUGAUGAACUCUAUGAUGUGUAUCUAGACGUAAAACAACUUUGGAAGUCUGAGAGUUUCAUCUUCAUGGGAGACUUUAAUGCUGGCUGUAACUAUGUCGCCAAGAAGCACUGGAAGAAUAUCCGGCUAAGAAACCACACUGAAUUCAUUUGGCUUAUCGAUGACAAAAAUGACACCACUGUGAGAGCAAGCACCCAUUGCCCAUAUGACAGGAUUGUGCUCCAUGGAGAGAAGCUUGUAAGAGCCACUGUGCCAAAUUCAGCAAACAUCUUUGAUUUCCAGAGAGCCUUUUCAAUGACUGAAGAGCAGGCUUUGGCAGUGAGUGAUCACUUUCCAAUAGAGUUCCAGCUGAAAACCACCAGACACUCCUCAAGAUCCAGAAUAAAGAAUCAUGGAGUUCUUACAUGAAGGUCCAAUUGUCAUUGUGUGUGUGGGAGGGGGGAUAACAUUUUACAACAUGUACAAUCACAAGAAAGCAGUGGAAGUCAUGUUUUGACAUAUCCUUGAUGGAAGUCCUCUUUUGCGUGAAACAUUGUUCCAAAAUAUUUGUAUUGUUAAAAGCAUUAAAAUGGCUAAAAGAUGCUUUUGCUAUAAAUUUAAUGUAGCAAGAAUGUCUGUCACAGGGGGUUGUCUGAGGAGUUGUAUGCCUACUUUGCAUUAUUCAAGGUAUUUGCCAUUCUCAACUCAUGCCUUCUGGUCAAACAUACUCUAAUUUCAAGAGAAAUUAUGCACGCGUAAGUGUUACAAUAUCAAUACAAUAUCCUUGUCCAGCACUAUAAUCCUAAGAAACCCUUCUGAACAUUUCUUAUUAUUUAGCUUAUUUUAGUUAAAGAGCACAAAGAGCACAUGGUAAAAAAAAAAUUAGUGUUAAUACUUGGUGCAGACAAAACUGAAAGUACUUAUGGAAAAUGUACCUUGCACUUUUGUGAAUUUUUGUGUGGCUUUUGUGCUGUAAAGCCAUUUAAGUGCUAAUACAUUUUUUGACAGGAAUGAACAUUUCACAUUUGCACAUUCUGCAAAAUGAUAGAGGGGUGGGGGUUUUUCUUUUCUCUUUUUUAAAAUGACCUUUUUAGGCAGACUUUCCACAAGAUGGAAACUACCACAGAGAAUACACAUGUACGGGUGGUUGUUGCUCUGACCCAGUUGCAGAAUGGCACCUUCAGAAGGAUUUGUUCUGGUUACUGCAGUUGUCACAGUGCAGUAUAACAACAUAGGCUGUGAGUCUAAGGCUGUUAAUGGUUUAUAGUUGAUAACCAGAAGCUUGAAGUGAACCUGAUAAUUAAUCAGUCACCAGUAGAGGGGGAGCCCUGCCAACCUUUGGGUUAUCUAGUAGUGCAAAGCCAAAAUAAGGUGCUGAUUCUCUGUUCUGGCUAGUAUACCCACAAGGACAGAAAAUCAUGUCUGGUCUUGCACUUGCCCAUGUCUAGCCAUGCAUAAUUGCCUACUACUCCCUUCCUAAAGGGAUGAAAGCUUUGGGAACCUCACUUCCCACCUCCAGCCAUGGACUAUCUGUUUUGCUAAAGACAAAGAACUUGCUAAUGUGGUUGCCCCAAGUGUUCCUGUCAGCACUAAUCUCAGACUUCUUCCUCUGACUCAUUUCUCUCUAAAGGCCAUCUUAUUUACAUUCUCAAUGUUUUGCAGCCGUGAUUGAAUUGGCUCCGGCACUCCCUGGCUCAGCCCAUUAACUCCAAGUGCCAAACAUUCAUUUUUAAGUAUUUCACCUAUCAACUCAAGUUGAUCACUUUUCUCUUGCCUUAAUUGAAUGGCUACCAUUUGUCUUGGGAGAUUAAGGGUCUCUUUGCAUCACCAGAGGGCCCAGCCUUCCCCAUAAAUUAGGCUCUCACCCAAAAUCCAGCACUUAGUACUUCUGAGCCUGUCUUUUGAUUCAGGUGCGCUGUGUGCCAUCUGCUUUCUAUUCCACUUUCUUGGAGCCCAGGUGGGUCGUGGACUCUGCUUCUUAGACCCAAAGCCAUUUCAGGAUCUGAUACAGUACUACCCCUAAAAAUUCACAAGUUUCUUCCAUCUAUCUCCAGAUCUAUCCCCUCAAUACUGCUAAGGACUGUGUGUGUGUGUGUGUGUGUGUUCUGCUGCUUUGAUUGUGUGUUUAUACUUUUGUUAU